AUGGCUGCUGCGGCUGUUUAUGAGGCCCAGGUGAAGAUUCUGACCUCCCAGAAGACACCAAACACUUCACCUUCACCAAUGCCGAAACGAAUCAUUAUAUGCUGUGACGGCACCUGGCAAUCUUCGGUUUCGGGGCAAAAGAAUGUUCCAUCCAAUGUAACCCGGCUCUGUCGCGCUCUCAAUCGUGUUGGCGUUGACAAAGACGGGAAGGAAUGGCAGCAAGUGGUCUGGUACGACUCUGGCAUUGGCACUGAGUCUGUCGGACUGGGGGAGGUCAUUCAAGGCGCGACCGGAGAAGGCCUGGAGGGCAAUGUCGUCGCAGCCUAUAAUUUUUGCGUGUUGAACUACCAUCCCGGCGAUCAAAUCAUGUGUUUUGGUUUCUCGCGUGGUGCAUACACGGCCCGCACGAUCGCUGGUUUGAUUUCCGAUAUUGGUAUCUGCUCCAAGAGCGACCUGAACGAAUUUCCCGAUCUAUGGGCGAUCUAUAAGAAAGUUCCGCAUGGAAAGCGUUUCCAUCGAAGCGACCUAUGGUAUGACUGGAUAUGGGGUAAGGCAGAUGAACACCAAGGUGCGGGUGAUGAAAACCACCGUGAAUUUGUUUACGAGAAGCCCCCGCAAGGCGACUGGGCUCAGGAAGGAUCGCGAAAUGUGGAGGUGGUAGGAGUUUAUGACACCGUUGGAGCUCUGGGCAUGCCAGAGGUAUUGGGCGUUAAGCUUCCGUCAAAGGAGGGCUGGUAUAACGUCGGACUCUCGCCGAGUAAGAUAAUGUCACCUUUAUUUUGCGCUCACCCAAUAUAUACUCAUGUGGAAAAUUCCUCAGACAUCAAGCACGCAUUCCAUGCUUUGGCUCUUGACGAGCGUCGCAAGGCAUUUUCGCCGACAUUGUGGUAUCUGUCGGAUAAAACAGCUACACAGGAGGAUGUUGAAGCUCGUAAAGAAGAAGAAAUUCAGGCCGAAAAGAAUUUCUGGGCCGUGCUAGAGAAUGCAAAGGCUCUCAAGGCAGGCGGCAAGGCGACCGAUGAGCAGGUCAAUGCAGCAGCCCGAAAUGUCAAUCUAGCUGCGAAGGCGUGGAACAAGGCCACCCGAAAACGAGUCAAAUACCAAAAUCGACUAGAGCUACACCCGGAUCUGAAACAGGUGUGGUUUCCAGGUUGUCACGUCAAUAUAGGCGGAGGGUCGAGCGACACAUUGAACAAUGAGGGUGACAUGGAAGAAAUGGCCAAUAUCACAUUCUCUUGGAUGCUGGAUCAGAUAAAGGAAUAUCUAUCGAUCGACAACCAGUAUAUUGCCGACGAACAAAAAGACCGGGAGAGGCACCUAGAUGAAAUUAACCUGAAGCUCGAGAAAUGGGAUGCUGCAGUGAAUCCCCCAAAUAUUAAAUCCUGGAAAGGCUGGCCCUGGCGUCAUGCGAAGGCCACUUUAUCUGCGCUUGUGCAUCGGCUGACGCCGGGUAAAGAGCCUGCAUUCAAGGGAAUCCGAGUCUUUGGCUGGGGGAUUGGGCAUUUUAUCAGCAGUUAUACGCCGAUGUAUUGGGCCAACGGAUCCAAGAAGCGAACCCCGGGCCAGUAUGCUCUCGAAGCCGGCAAGACUCUUGGCAGUACAUUUGAGUCCAUUCAUCCGGUUGUCAACUUCAGAAUGAAGCACUUUGCGGCAUUGCACCAACAAGAUAGUAAGAAUGACAUUUACAGACCCAUCGAUGCAAAUCUCAAAUUCGAACGGCAGAAGAUCCUCGACAGUGAGGGAAACCCAAUGUUCGUAUACGAAAUCGGUAACUCGGGUACAAUUCUGCCUGAAUGGAAACUGGGUGGUGUGGAUUGCUAUGAACGCUUAGCAAUAGCUGGAGAGGGGGCGUAUGCCUACGUGGAUGAGCUUGAUGAACAGCUGAAGACCGGGAUCCGAACAAUCCGUCGUUCUGCAGAUCCUAUUGUUGACACGCCGAUUGAAAGUUCUUUGGCCACAAUCUCUGAGAGCCUUAGUACAGAGGCUGAUGGGCAGACUGAUCGUUCAGUGGCCACAUCCGUCUCAGCAAAUGGCACACCGCUUGAAAAAUCGCAGACUUUAUGCUUGGACAGCCAUCUCCAUUCCAGUGAUGUGCGAUCCGGAGGGUUGCAAUCAAGCUCCGUCGGCACAAACUGCUCAAAGCUUGAGGAUUCAUUGUUGACUCCCAGGAUAAUGAUUAAGUCCUGA